AUGACGGACUCGGCCACCGCCACGUCCAGGUGCUCGCGCUCGCCGGCACCGAUCGUGUGGUUCCUCCUGCUGUUGAUGCCGACGACCCGCGACGACGCCGACUCGGCGCGCCUGCUACGCGUCGACCCGGCCACGCUCGCCACGCCAGAGGACAUCCGGCGCGCCGCCAUAGAGCUCGCCGAGGCGUCCGGCGCGCACGACGCCGCCGCGGCCGCCGCCUCCUCCUCGUCCGCCGUCGACGCGGCGCCCCCGACGAUGGCGCACCAGGAGGAGCCGGCGCCGUACGACUACUCAAUGUACUACGGCAACAUGGACUUCGACCAGCCAUAUUACUACGACGGCGUUGGCGGCGGCGGCGGCGGCGACUGGCAGAACAGCUGGCAUAUGGACGGGGACGACGACGGCGGCGGCAGCGAUAUGACACUGUGGAGCUACUGAGUCGGAGCAGUCUUGAGCAGUCUUGAGCAGUCUUGAGUUGAAACGGAGAAGCUGAGUUGAUAGGGAGUUUUGGAGGGAGCUACAAUUUAAUUCAAGUUCAAGUUUGUAAAC